AUGAAUGACAACGUGAGCUCCAGAAUCGACACCCCAACCAACAUCUCUCUGAGUCCUAGCGUCGUCGUCUCCGAGACGCUGGAGUACAAGACGGUGUCUGUGUUCCUGGUCCUGCUGGUGUGUGGCGUGGGCAUCGUGGGCAACAUCAUGGUGGUCCUUGUGGUCCUCACCACACGCCACAUGAGGACACCCACCAACUGCUACCUGGUCAGCCUGGCCAUAGCCGACCUGACGGUGCUGGUGGCAGCUGGGCUUCCCAACGUGUCAGACAGUCUGACAGGCACGUGGGUUUUUGGCCAUGCUGGCUGCCUGGGCAUCACCUACCUUCAGUAUCUGGGCAUCAACGUGUCCUCUUGCUCCAUCACCGCCUUCACUGUGGAGAGGUACAUAGCUAUCUGUCAUCCAAUGAAGGCUCAGACAGUGUGCACAGUGUCCCGGGCAAAGCGGAUCAUUGCGGGGGUUUGGAUCUUCACCUGCGUCUACUGCAUGCUGUGGUUUUUCCUGCUGGACAUUCAGGUCAGCCAGGAUGGACAUGUCCAGUGUGGCUACAAAGUGAAACGGGAGCUCUACCUGCCCAUCUACCUCAUCGACUUCGCCAUUUUCUAUGUCAUCCCACUGCUCCUCGCCAUCGUGCUGUAUGGCCUGAUAGCACGGAUCCUCUACCUCAGCCCUCUGCCCAACCAUCCCGACACCACGCUGCGGCGGAGCUGCCGGGAAGCCUCUGUAGCAGGGAAGGGGGGUCGCCAGGGCCGGCCAAAGAGCGCGGUCUCCUCCAGGAAGCAGGUCUGUGCCUCACGCCACACUUGCCCCCUUUCCCAUUAA